GUUUGGAAAGGAAGACACCGCCCGAGCGGACAGCUCUGUGGAUCAAAGCGAGCAGUUAGCGUGCGGCCAAACUGAACUGUCAAGCUGCAACAGGAGUACUGCGCCAGCUCGACCGAGACACCCCGGAAGGCACGAAAGUCAAUUUGAGAGAGCAGCAUGAAUCGCUUUAAGGCCUCCAAAUUCAAAAAUACCACUCCGAAAAUUGCCAAGAAAGACGGAUGGAUCAACAAUGUCCGAGCCGGUUCCUUCUCCUGCCAGGGGAACCACAUCAAAGCCAGCUCCAAGCUGGUGGCCUUCAACACCGAGCAGGCUGGCGGAGGCAUGCUGGGCCUCUCCUCGCUCAAACCCGGUUCAGAUGGCCAAUGGACAGUCACCCAGAUUUCCUGCCAUUCUGAUCUGGUGACUGAUAUGGACUUUUCCCCUUUCGAUGAAAGUCUGCUGGCGACGUGCUCCGGAGAUGAAACGGUGAAGUUGUGGCGUUUGUGUGAUCCAGAGCUGCAGCCGCCCAGCAGCCCGGAGCUGACCUUGCGUCCAGGUCAGGGCCGGCUGGAGCUGGUGCUUUUCCACCCGACCUCCUCCGGCCUGCUAGCCGUGGGGGCCACCAAGGUCCCCCUGAUAUGGGACACCGGCCGCCAGGAUGCACCACUAGCAGUUCUGGAGCAUCACGGUGACCAGCUGCAGAGUCUGAGCUGGAAACCGGACGGUUCCCUGCUGGCUUCCUCCUGCAAGGACAAGAUGCUGCGAGUGUUUGACCCCAGAGCCCAGCUGACCCCUGUUCAGAGUGCCAAGAGCCUUCAGAGCAACAAGGAUUCACGCAUCCUGUGGGCUAAGGACGAUUUUUUAAUCUCCACCGGCUUUGAUAUGAUGCGUAGUCGGGAGGUGAGGCUCUGGGACAGCAGGAAGCUGAGCUCUUCGGUCGGCUCCGCGUCGCUCGGCACCUCCAGCGGGAUGCUGAUCCCGCUGUUUGAUGAGGACACUGGUCUGCUCGUGCUGGCUGGAAAGGGAGACGCGGCGAUUGAUUGCUUCGAAGUAUCUGCGGCCGAGCCUUUCUUCUCGCAAGUGAGCCACUGCCUGACGGACAUCUCAACGCGCGGCGCCGCCGUGGUACCCAAAGCGGCGUUGGAUGUCCUGUCCUGCGAGGUGAUGCGUGUCCUCCAGCUGACGGACAGCUGCGUUGUGCCAAUCAGCUAUCAAGUCCCUCGCAAGAAUUCAAACCAGGAGUUUCAUGAAGAUCUUUACCCGGAUACAGUGGGCACGACUCCAGCCAUGUCUGCUGAGGAGUGGUGGAAGGGAGGGAACAAGCAGGUGGAGAAAGUGGGCCUGAAUCCACACAAACAGCACAAAGCAAAGGCUGCGCCAGCAAAAAGGAAGGAGCCGGCCACCGGAGGGAGCAAGGAGGAUCCGGCCCGCGGCUGCUCCACCUCCUCCAGUCCUCUGAGCACUCCCAGCAGCAGCAGCGCCGCCGCGUCCCGCUCUCCUUCCUCCACCUCCGGUCUCUCCUCGAGCUUCCUCCCCAGCCCUAGUCCCAGCCCGAGCGCCAGGCCCAUCCAGGGCAUGCUGGGGCAAGCCUCAAAGUUCCGUCACAUCCAGGGUGCAGUGAUGCACCGGGACACGCACAUCACCAACCUGCGUGGCCUCAACCUCACGACACCAGGGGAGUCCAACGGCUUCUGUGUCAACCGCCAACGCGUGGCAGUGCCGCUCGCCAUCUCCGGGGGCCAGAUCGCCAUAUUUGAGCGCUCCCAGCCCGGCAGGCUACCCGACACAGCCCUGCCCACCAUCCAAAACGCCGUCAAUGUGGUGGACUUGUCUUGGGACCCCUUUGACCCCCGCCGGCUCGCAGUCGCCGGUGAUGAUGCAAAGAUCCGGGUGUGGCAGGUACCCGAGGGAGGGCUGAAAGAGACCCUGACUGAGCCUGAGGUCCUCUUGCAAGGCCACACGGAGAAGAUUUACUCCAUCGAGUUCCACCCUCUGGCCAGCGGAAUCCUGGCGUCUUCCUCCUACGACCUCACAGUCAGACUGUGGAACCUGGAGGCCGGGGAACAGGUCAAGCUCCUCACCGGGCACCAGGACCAGAUCUUUUGCAUGGCGUGGAGCCCAGACGGCAAGCUCCUGGCCACAGUGUGCAAAGAUGGCAAAGUUCGCAUCUACGAACCCCGCAAGUCCACUACACCUGUGCAGGAGGGCCCAGGUCCUGAGGGCCACAGGGGAGCUCGUGUGGUCUGGGUGUGUGAGGGAAAGUCCCUGUUGGUGUCAGGAUUUGACAGUCGCAGUGAGAGAAGACUCUGCCUGUACGCUGCUGACUCCCUGUCCUCUGGAGCCAUAGCCGCCACCAACAUAGACACCUCUCCCUCCACACUCAUCCCUUUCUACGACCCAGACACCAGUGUGGUCAUCCUCACCGCAAAAGGUGAUACAAGGGUGCACAUUUACGAGAUUGCAACUGAAGAGCCGUACUUCAUGGAGUGCAGCAGUUUUAACUCUCCUGAGCCACAUAAGGGCUUAGCCUUUCUGCCCAAGUCGGAGUGCAACGUGCGCGACGUGGAGAUCGCUGUGGGACUCAUGCUCACCAAGACCGCUGUAGAGCCAGUGGCCUUCCGCGUGCCACGGGUCAAGAAAGAGUUUUUCCAGGACGACUUGUACACUGACACCGCUGUCUGCUGGGAACCAGCCCUGACUGCCGCUGGCUGGCUGUCUGGCUCCAACGGCCAACACAAAAAGAUCAGCCUGAAGCCGAAGGACAUGACACCAGUGAGUGAGGCCCCCAAAGAGGCUCCGGUGAGGAAAUAUCUGCCCUCAUCAGUUUACCUGGAGGAGAAGACUGAUGAGCAGAAGAAAGACGAGCUGCUCAGCGCCAUGGUGGCUAAGCUGGGGAACAUGGACGACCCGCUGCCCCAGGAUUCCUUCGAGGGGGUCGACGAGGACGAGUGGGACGACUAGAGCCAUCUCGCCUUUGAUCCGAUUGUCGGGGCGAACAGCAGAGAAGAGACGGCCGACCCACUGUCGCAGUCCCGAUGCCAUACGCGGGUCUUCGGAGCUUAAUCAGCAAACAUCUCAUCCCACGGAACGCACAAAAAAUACUGUACAAUGUGAAAAAAUCACAUUAACACUUUGAUCUGACUGUAACGGUAAAUGUUGCAAAAUCAGGUGUUGUCUAGUUGGGUGUUAUCUGAUAUCUGAUUGCACAAAGCAUGACAUGAUCAAUCACUUUUUUUUUAAAUCAAUCUUUGAUUGAACUGCUUCGUUAUUGUAAUGUAGACAAAAAAAAUGAAUUUACGAUAUUUUGAACGACAUUCCACCGUGCCAGCUGGUAAGUACAUGAAAAUAGUCCAUUUAAGUCACCGCUGCUGAAACAUUUCUAGUAAACCAGGGUCUGUGCUUUUAACUGGUUGAGUACCACUGCUUGCUUUUUUUUUACUGGCCUGUAUUUGAGCUCGCUCAUUCACAAAUGUGUCUUUGAAGGACUUAAUGUUGUCAAUGGUCUCAUUGCAUGAGCAAAUCUCUCGUCUUCCUGUUUAAUCAGGUGAACCACACACACGAUUACUGUAACAUGUUCAAGCCUUCAGAAGCAAAAACUCCACUGAGGAUACGACAGGGUCCCCAGUGUUCAUGUUUGGCCAUGAAAUGGGAUUUCUUAUGACAACAACAUACGGUUCACUUUUUCCUUUUUAGCCAAUAAUAGGAUCAAAUGCCAUUUUGACAGUACUUUGUAGAAUUGUUUAAAUGUUUUGCCAUGCGGUAGUCUUACAAUAGUCUUAUGACCAGGGUUUAGAGGUUAACAAAACUGAGUUGAUACGCAUUGAAAGCCAAACCACCUUCUUUUUGGUGUUUUAAGAGGGUCUAUGUAUACUUUAAGAUUAUUAUUUCAAGUCUUUCUUUUUCUUUUUUAGCUGGUUAACUUUGAUUAAUGAUCUUGGUUGCCAAACUUUUUGGGGAUAUUCCUUACUUAAAUGAGCUAAUUUUCUAAUAAAAUGUUAACUGUAGGAAUUAAAAAAUAACCGUUUUAAUUUACCAAUAACAGUACAGUAUUAAUAACUUGCAAAACAGCCAUAACUGGUAUCAUGUAAUCUCCAAUUAAGUCUUGAGCCAACCAUUUGUUAACAACCACUGACGGACUGAAACAAUCCAUUGUUUCAGUCAUGCCUGGUUGUGCAAAUUGUGUUGAACAGGUGUCAUCUGUGUGGAGUAUUCUGUAUGUGCUUGUGAUUCUCAAACGCCAUACUUUCUAAUAUUUGGAUGGAAGUAACUGCCUUCCUUUGUGUUGAAAAAAAAAACAACGUCCUUUUUAUACACCGAGUAUAGCAUUGUUGUUCUGUCUGUCGUACUUGAGGAGUGGUUUGGGGAAUUUUUUCAAUAUUGUCUUGCAAUAAACACAUAUUUGAACCAAA